AUGGACGCGAUGGAAAGCAAGUUUCAGGACAUCCGUCAAGGGUCGAGGAAUGUACGAGACUACGGGGACGAGUUCAACCGACUUCGGAGAUUUGCGGGUCACUACCUGAGUGAUCACGACUUAAUCCGCCGUUUCCUCAAAGGUAUGAGAGUGGAACUGAGGAAUAGCUGCAACGUGAGGGACUAUCGUGAUGUCCAUGAGCUGAUUGAGAAAGCCGCAGAACAAGAAUCAGGGCUCGAGGAAGAGCGAAAACAGAACCAGAACUCCCAGAACCGGGGUACCAAACGGCCCCGGGAUGCACAACCCGCGGCUGAGCCUGCUCCGUUAAGGCCCGCAUGUGAAAGGUGUGGACGAUUCCAUGCAGGGGAGUGCAGGAUGGGAGCAUGCUUCACCUGCGGCGAGCGCGGACAUAUAGCGAGGGAUUGCCCGAAGGAUAGACAAGGCCAACGCAGGCGCUGUUACCGCUGCGGCCAGGAGGGACAUCUGGCGUGGGAGUGCCCAACACUCCAAAGAGGAAACGCGGAAGGGGCACAACCCCAACAGCAGAGGGGGCAAGCCGCGGGGCAAGAGCGUACGCCGUCGAGGGUCGCGAAGGAGCCGAACCGAUCGCGGGUACGUUUGAUUUAA